AAACAAUUGAAACCCAUCAAUCACACGUUAUAGGACGUCAAUUCAGCAGGCUAGAGCACCUUGCAGUAAUAGAGAGAGCGCUGAGGUUCGGGAUGCUUGUUAAAGCAGCCCAUGCGCAUGCGGUGUCCCAGACUUACCUCACGGACUAGCCUCGCUUUGCCGACAUUUGCCUACCCACAUCGUUCGCAUGGCAGCAAGCAUUAAAGCAUCCAUGCCGCACGCUUAUCGAUCGCUCCACCGCGCCAGUCUCUCCCGAAGCAGCCAAAUUUUUGUUCUCCGCCGUCAAGUCUCAAGCUCAGCGCUCAGGUUCCGCGCGUUGUCACGAAUGUACGAGAGGGAGCUCGAGAUCGCGCGGCUCGCCGUGCAACGAGCCUCCCUUGUCACCAAAAAGAUCAAACCCCUUCUCCAGCAGGACGACGAGGUCAACAAGGCGGACGACACGCCCGUCACGAUCGCGGACCUCACCGCACAGGCGCUGGUCAUUGGCGCCAUUCACCACGAAUUUCCACACGACACCUUCCUCGCCGAGGAGUCGGCCCAGAUCCUGAGGGAGGAUGACGGUCUCGCCGAUCGCGUGUGGAGCUUUGCGUCGAGCUCCUCCAAGUUCUGCGGGAGCCACAUCAACGACAGGCUCUGGUCGCCGUCCAGCAAGGAAGAAAUGCUCGACGUGAUCGACCUCGGAAAGGGCUCUGGCGGGCCGAAGGGACGCUUUUGGAUCCUCGACCCGAUAGACGGCACGAUGACCUACAUGAAAAACCAGCAGUACGCCGUGUGCCUGUGCCUCGUGGAAGACGGCGUGAAGCAGGUCGCCGUGCAGGGUUGCCCGAACCUAUCGCUGGACCGGCUCCCCAUGCACGAGGACUCGGUCGACCUGGAGAAAGGCGGGCACGUCGUGUCGGCCGUGCACAACGGCGGCGCCUACAUCCAGGCGCUGUCCGAGACGCCCAUGGAGGAGCCCAGACGGCUGCCUCAAAAGAACGACAAGAGCAACAUCACGGACCUGCUCAACAUCGUGUCUCAUCUGAGCAGCUCCAUGGACCACAAGAAGGUCGAGGCCAUCUGCAACAAGAUCGGCAUCGGCUAUCCCGGCGUCGACAUCUGGGCGCAGCAGAUGAAGUACAUGGCCAUGGCCGUCGGCGGACACGACGUGAUGAUCAGGAUCCCGGGCUACCAGUCUCAUCGCACGGCCGCGUGGGAUCACGCCUCGGGCCAGCUCAUAUGCGAGGAGAUUGGCAUCGUGAUGACGGACGUGUACGGGAAAAAGCACGAUUUCAGUCAGGGCAGAAGACUGUAUGCUAACUUUGGCGACGUCGCCGCGCCUGCAGCGCACCACCCUCAGAUUUUGAAGGCAGUUCAGGAAGCCAUGGCCUCUUAAGGCGCUGGGAAGGAAGGGAACCAUUGAAGCAGUGCGUGAAACCAAAAAAAAAAGCUGUUCGAUGCGAUUUCUGCAUAUGUAGCUGCUUAAUUCAUGUUUUGUUCGGAGGAUAUGACCACACCUGUUCAA